AGUUAUAGCUCAUGGCACAUACAGCUGUAGAAUGUCUGCUCUUUCCUUUACGGGAAACACUGAUAGAAAAUGGAUUGUGAUGGAUGAGAGCAUGGAACAAUACCUGACCCCACUUUAUGUGACCGUCGUGACGUCAGCGAUGCGCGGUUCAGUGACUCGAGAUCUAAGUCAGACCUGGACAAGAGGCGGCCCUCGGGCCGCAUCCGGUCGCCCGCUUGCCCGCUGGCCCGCUCUCCAGUAUAUAUACUAUAUAUAUAUACAGUAUUGGGUAAAACUGAGUUAACUAUAUUAUUCCAGCCCUCCCAAUUUCUCAUACGGCCCCCUGGGAAAAUAAAUUGCCCAGCCCUGCUUUAAGUGGUACAAGCCCGAGGCUCUAGUCCACCUUCUUCCAGUCAGUUUGUCGACGCGUACGCUUGUCUCGUGGAUAGAACAGACGUGUAAGCCCACACUAUAGCCUAUACUAGUUAUCGCAUGACAGGUGGGUGGGUUGGAGGGCGGAUGGGGAGAAAAAGAAAGAGAUAAGACCAGUGAUUCAGCUUCAUGCAAAGAUGACGGGGACGCCGUCAAUACGAUGCAGGUCAUGUGAUUCAUGCUCACUCCUAGAGAACUGUGUAAUAAUAAUGGUCUGUGCUCACGUGGUUCUUUUCAUUUAACGGUUCUUGUAACUGAGGACCGUCCAGUGGGAACGACGUCUGCUAUUUGUAUUGAGAAAAGACUAGGGACGAUCAGACGAUUGUUCAAAAAAAAAAAAAUAAAUAAAUAAAUAAAAAAAAAACAAAUAAAUAAAAAUAAAAAAGCCGCAGAUAACAAUUGUUGAUGAACAGCAGGGAUCGAAUCACGUGUCACGAUAACAGGUCAUCACUCAUAUCAGUACUCGUACACUUUUUUAGUAUUUGAUUUAGAUUUUUAAAGUGGUCCGCUGUUCGAAAUACUUUGAGAACCACUGAGAUAAUGCAUACACGGCAUGAUGUGUGAAAUGACAUUGUUAUGACAAUUUGUUAUGACAAAUAAACUAUAUUUUUAUAAGACACGAAUGAAUUUUGUGAAGUCAUAUCCCUCACUUUUCUCUGUUACCAAUUAAAUUUUACAUCCACUGUGGCGGGUGUCCUGCUGGGUGACCUGCAGCGUUAUAUCGGGUGUUUGACCCCGCACUUGUCACGACUUUGAUUAUCUCCCUUACCAAGCGUUGUCCUUCAUUCAGAUAAGACAUCUUCUCGUACAGUCUAGGUAAGGCGAUGACCUUUCACUGAAGUCAAUCCACGACCUGUACGGAAGGUUCUACAACCCCAGUACAAGUGAAACUGUCGCAGCUGGAUGUGAUCCCACUGAGAAAAUAGUCUUAUGGUCGACGUUUAGCCGCAGUUACUAAUAUGUUGUUAUAUUGUGAGAAAUGAAAGGGACUCGUUCUAGAAAUUAGAUUAUGUCAAGAUUAUCAAGUAUUAAAGAAACUCUUGCUUACAUUGUGACAGAUGGAUUGCAUUGGUAUUCAUUUCGCAUCGACUUAUGUGUAUAUUAUGUUUUGUGUGCAUAUAUAUAGGCUGCUUAAAUUUGAAUUCUUCUUUGUAUGAUUUAUGUGUUGUACAUGUAUAUGGAAAUAAAAAUGCUUUAAAAGUAAUAAAAUAGUUCACCAGAAUCAAGCAACACUCACUUGGUUCACCGACAGGGAAGGUUCGGGGAGUCGACUUGGUUAUCCCACAGACUGUGUUGCACCUGAGUACGAGUGACACGACUGUCGACUGUUACAGACCACGUGGUCUUUGACAACAUGGCUGACAACAAGCAGUCGCAGGUGGAGCAGUUGCUGGAGGUGGUACACAAGAUGAGUCAGGCUCAUGGCGGGAAACCUUACACGUGUCCUAAGUACAGCGACAUCGGUAAAAAGCGUGGAGGAGGAGGUGGCGAAGGAAAUACAAGAAAAGGCGGAGAAACAAAAGAACGAAAUCGAUAAAAGAGAAAAGGAUCUGCAGCAAAAACAAAUGGAAAUAAAGAAACAAAGAAAAGAACUUGAAAGAAAGGAAGAGGAAAUGAGAAAGAAAGAGCAGGAAGUACAAGUGAAAAUGAAGCAAAUAGAAGAAGAAGCAGAGAAACAAAGAAAGGAAUUUGAAAAAAAGGAAAAGGAGAGAGACGGACGAAUGAGAGAGAACGAUGAGGAGAUACAAGCGAAAAUGAAGCAAAUAGAAGAGAAAGCGGAAAAACAAAGAAAAGCAUUUGAAAGAAAAGAAGAAGAGAGAAUUGAGCAAAUGAGAAAGAACGAGUUGGAAAGGGAGAAACAGCUGAAGUCCUUAAUGGAAUCCUUAGACAAGCAGCAGCUCAGUGCUGAGAGGGUGAAGCAGGAGAUGAAGACAUUUCGACAGGAAGCAGAAAGAGCGAAGGAGAAAGAGCGAAGAGAGAUGGAGCAGGAGAGGGAAAGAGAAAGACAAGGUGUAGAGAACAGACAGCAGCAGGUGGAGAUGACACAGCAGUACGAGGAGCGUCUGGACGACGAACGUCAGGCGAGAAAAGUUCGAGAAGAUCAACACCAGAGUCAGAUACAGAAGCUGCUGGACGACAUAGCAGAUCGUGAAAAUGAGAAGCAGAAGAUGGAGAAGACGAUAGAUGACCGAGAGAAGCUGCAUCAGAUGAAGCUGCAGGACCUAAAUCGCAGGCUCCACGAUGCAAUUCAAAAAAUUUCAUGUGUUGUUCUAUGAUAUCCCUUACAUCUGAGAAAACAAUUCUCGAUACUUACAUGAAAAUAUUUGGAGAACAUUAUAACAUUCCUAAAUUCACAUAAAUGUACGAAAUAGACGUUUAAAACAGAUAAUUAGUUGCGAGAAAAGCAAUUCUGAAAUUCAAAAUACAGUUAACUCAGGAUCAGUCUAUCCACAAUUGGGUGAGGCUCUCAGCUGUUUGAUGAGAAUUUUGAAAUGAAAGAUUGAAUUAUUUGUUCUUUAAAAAUAUGUAUUUUGUUGACUUUGGUCAGCAACAGUUUGUCAGCUCAUAUGUCUUAGGAAACAAUUUAUAAUGGCUUACUUUUUUACUUUAAACUGUUUUAGCUUAACUGGUUAUUAUAACCUAACUAGAAGUGCACACAAUUCCAGAACAAACAGAAAUUACUUGUUUAUUAUGUGAAACUGGUUGGAAAGAUAGAAUUUGUAAGAACAACUCAUACACUGCAUGCUGUGUGAAA